UUCAGUUGUUGUUGGUAUUUCGAAAAUGGAAGAGUUUUAUAGAAAUAAAACCAUUUUCGUGACUGGAAGCACUGGUUUCUUGGGCUCGAUGCUCGUCGAGAAACUUUUGCGAAGCUUUCCCGAUAUAUCAAAACUCUACAUGUUGGCUAGGAUGAAGGGAACGAUGAAUCUCAUUGAGAGAAGCGAAGAAUACUUCAAAGAUCCUGUUUUUGAGCGAAUGAUUGCCCUUAAUCCCAAUUAUUAUGAGAAAGUUAGUUGGAUCGAAGGAGACUUAACGAUGCCUCGCCUAAACUUGUCCGAAGACGAUAUGGCGAUUAUCAAAACUGUAGAUAUUGUUAUACAUCUUGGGGCUUCCAUAAAGAUGAAGAAUCCACUCCACGAGAUGAUCAAAAAUAAUUUGUUUGGAACGGCGGAGCUGCUCAAGAUCUGCUUAGACAAUAAAAACAUAAAAUGUUUCAUGUACGUUUCAUCUGCUUACUCGUACGCGAGGAAAUCUUGUUCUCGCAUCGAAGAGAAGAUAUACGAACCAAUAUUAAAACCAGAAACUUUGCUGGAUAUAUCUAAUGCUUUAACAAACGGCGAAUUGGAUGAAAUUGAAAACGUGUUAAUGCAAGAUUGGCCCAAUUCAUAUACAUUCAUCAAAACUGCAGCCGAGUACCAUUGUGACACGUUUAAAGAUCAAAUGAGCAUAGGAAUCUUCAGACCUGGGACUAUAACUUCCAGUUAUUCAGAGCCAUAUCCAGUUUGGGUGAAGAGCAAAGCUGGCAUAUUAGGUGCUAUUAUUCUGACUGUAACAAAGGUAUUACCAAGUUAUUACGUGGAUAAGAAAGCGAUGUCGCAUGCCGUACCUGUCGAUAUGACAGCCAACGCUUUAAUUGCAAGCACUUAUGAUGUGAUCCAGAAUAAAUCAAAGGACACCAAAAUCUAUAAUUACACUUCCAACAACAACCCUAUUACCUUUUACGAUAGUUUCAUUAUUGCAACGAAAAAUAAGGGCACUUCAAUUAUUACUUACAACUAUUACUGGAAUGCGAUCAAAAUGUUUACUCUUUUAUAUCUUCCAUAUCUAUUCAUGGAUAUUUUUCGAUACUUUACACUACAAAAACCAAAGUAUCUACGAUUAUAUGAGAAAAUCAGUGACUUCAUAGAAGCGAUUCUGUAUUUCAACAACAAAUCUUUGAUUAUAGACAACGAUAAUUUGGAAAAUAUUUGGGAUACGCUCAGUCAGCAUGACAAGGAAUUGGUUCCGUUCGAUUUGAGGGUCAUCGAUUGGAUAGAUUAUUUCAACAACGUGCCUUACGGCAUUGAGAAAUAUUAUGGCAUUAAAAUGAAAAUUUAAUUUUUUUACUUUUUGUUUUAUAAUUUGAAGGG